AUGCCUCUAUUCGGACGAAGAUUAUUUCAGCGUAGUCAUGAUGAUGAUUUAAAAGAAGAUAGUGAAGAAAUUUAUACAAUUGAACAUACAGGUGAAAAAUUUCAUAAUCAAACUUUGUAUGAAAAAUUAAAAAAAGCUUAUGCUUUGGAACGAUGGACUUGUGAAUCUUCAUGGAGAGCAGGUCUCACACACAACGAAGCAUUUGAAUCGGAAAUCGAAGCAAGAAAAUCAUUAGCAUCAAUUGUACCGGAGUAUUUUAAUAAACCAAUUUUUGAUAUUAUACAUCAUAAUGUGAAACCAUUAGAGAAACUGGCGGAAGAAAUAUCGAUUAUACUUGGUCAAUGUUUUGUUGUUGGUGAACCUGUUCAAUUUAAAAAGAAAAAGGAUAAUACAACUGUAAAAGGAGUUGUCGAACGAAUCGAAGAUUAUAAUGAUGAUUCAAAAAAACGAACAUCUGAACGAGCAUCUGUUCAAGCAAAACUACCAUCAGACAGACAAAUGAAAAAUGUGAAAUAUGCUAUUCGAUUAACAGAUGAAGAUCGUGUAGUUAAUAAUGUUUUGCCUAGUGAAUUACAACGAUGCAGUUUUAUUCCUAAUCGUGAAAAAUUAAAAACAUUUAUUCGUUCACAUUCUUUAAGACUUGGCAAUCGAGCUGAUAGCCCGUGGAUAUUUUAUGAUGAUUCAAUUAAAACUAAAUAUGAAAUAAAAGAUUUGAUCCCAUUAGAAAUGGUUGAUAAAAUGAAGAAAUCCAUGACAAUUACACUUGAUGAAAUUCUCCGCGAACAAGAACGAAUUGCACGUAAACAAGCUGAAGAAGAAGCUGCUGCUCUUGCAGAAAAAAAUAAAUCCAACGAAAUCAAUAAUAACACUCCUGUUCCAAACAGUCAUUUCGAUGAUUUUCAAAUAGUUUUGUCCGAUGAUGAUCGAAUACCGAAAGUUUCUGAUGAAAAAAAACCAAAAUCUUCCGCCGAGAAGAAAUCAAAAGUUCCGAAAGAGAAAAAACUUAAACAAGUCAAAUCAGCUCCGGCAGGUUCGAAAAAUUCGGCGCAACCAUUGUCAUCACCAAGUAAAAAACCUCAAAAUUCAUCUAAACCUCCAUCGAAACCAAAAAAACAAUUAACAUUGGAAGAUAUGAAAUUUACUAAAAAUUCAACUAAUCAUAACGACUUAUUAGAAAGAUCAUCUGUAACAACGUAUGAUGUUGUUGUUCCACAUUCUCUACUACAAAAAUUAGAUAAAGCACGUCGUGAUCGUGGUAUGGACUCGAAAUUUUUUCAUCGCGUUAUUCUUCAUUGCGCACGAAUAUUGAACGAUAAACAACGUUUACGUUUACCUGAUGAAUAUCGUACAUUGAUUCAAGUUAAAUUUGAAGAGCUUGAAUUAAAACGACGUUUAUCACAAAUGACAGAUGAAGAAAAAAAAUUAUUUCUUCAAACCAAACGUUUAGAACAAAAGCCUAUUGAAGAUCUCGAUUUAACAUUAACAAAAGAUCUACCAGUAGCCAAACAAGUUCAUACAACAUUGUCUAUAUCAUCAAAAUCCAUAAGUGAUUUACUUAUGAUAUCAACAUUUUUAACAUCAUGUCAUUCAUUAUUUUAUUUAUCAUUAAAUGAUGAUAUACCUAAAACAACACAAUUAUAUUUACGUUCGUUUAAAUUUAAUUAUUUACUUAAUACAUCUACAACGAUAUUUUCGAAUUAUUUUAUUGAAAUUUUACAAAUAUUUAUGAAAUUAUUAUUUAAAGAAGAUGAAAAUCGUUCAAAUGAUGAGGAAGAAAGUGAAGACGGUGAAAAUGAAGAUAAGAAAAAUGAAGAAGAUACAAAGAAUAAAAAUCUGAAUGAACCCAUCGAUGUUGAUAAAGACAUUGAACAGGUUUAUUCGAUUCAGUUAUCUCAAAUACCAUUGACACCAUUUACAUGUCAGGAAUUAACACGACUAUAUCUAUUGAAAGAAAAAGAUGAUAGUAAUCAAAUUAUAUUAGAUAAAUUAGCCAAUUGUGAAACAAGAGAUUUAUCGAUUCCAGAACAAAUUGAUCUUCUUCUAUUAUUGGUCAAUACAAUCACGACGGACAAUGAACUUAUGUCUGAUUAUUUUGAAUAUUUAACACGCACGAUGUCCGAAGCAUCUCGUGAACGUAAUCAAUUAAUAUCUGAACGUCGUCGUGCUCAAGAAGAAGAAAGUAAACAGAAGAAAUUACAAUUACAAAAUGGUGAUAAUGAAAAAGUUUCAUCAAAAAAACAAACUAAAAUUGGUCCAUUAAUAACACCGAAGAAUAGCAAUGGAACAGCAAAUGAUGAAAAUCGACAAACAUCACCGUUAAUUGUUGAUGAAAAUGGCGAUAUUGAAAAUGGAAAUGAUGAUGAUCUUAAAACUGUUUUACAACGACGACGACAAAUGGUUGCUAUGUCAAAAGAAUUGAAAGAAAAACGUGAAAUUGAAGCACAAAAACUUCAAAUUCAGCAAAAACGCCAAUUAGCUAUUCAAAAAGCUGAACAAAUCUAUCAAGAUGCAUAUCUCAAUUUACAAUAUGGUUUUCGCAUUAAACCAUUAGGCUACGAUCGCAAUUAUAAUCGCUAUUGGUAUUUUCGAGGUUUUCCAGGUUUAUUUAUUGAAAAAGGUUGGAUGGGUACAGAUAUAAAUUAUUCUGCUCAAUCAUCAUCAUCGCAAGAAACAAUUCCUCCUGUCAUUGGCGAAAAAUCAAUUCCUAAAGAUGAGCCCAACCAAUGGUUUCUUUAUGAUGACGAAAUUACAAUUCAACAAUUAUUACAUUCAUUAAAUGAUCGUGGUAUACGUGAACAUAAUCUAUCAGUUAAUCUUAAAAAAGUCAUACCCUUCAUUCAUACUGAAUUUGAACAAGCAAAAAAAUCUAAAACUUCUAUUGAACAACAAGAUGAAAACACUGAUACAGCUCAUGAUAUAAUUCCAUCGUUUAAAACUGAACUUGAAGAUAUUGAAACACGUUUACGUCUCGGUUCAUUGGGCGGAUUCAUUGCCAACGAUAAUCUUAAUGACUGGCAAACGAAAUUAAAACAAUCAACUGAACGCAUUGAUCUUGCUGAAUUACUUAUACAAUUACAACAAACAGUUGCUGAUAAAUUUGCAACCGGUAUAUUUAAUUGUUCGGAUAGAAAAUAUUUACAAAUCUGGAUGAAUGACUGUCGAGCAUGUAAAACCUAUUCACGUUUAUAUGUUUUAAUGAUGAUAUUUGAAAAUUCUAUAACAUGGAAUAAAUCUACGCUUGGUGUUAAAUGUAAAAUUUGCCGAAAAAAACAUAAAGAUGAAUAUAUUAUUGUGUGCGAUCAAUGUUGUUAUGGUUUUCAUCAAGAAUGUUUACGUGGUUACUCAGAUAAUGUUAAAACUUCUGCUAAUGAACUAUGGUAUUGCCCGGCAUGUCGACCAUCAACAGCAGCAUCGAAACGACGUGCUAAACAAGAUAAACAAAAAAUUGAUUAUAAUGAAAAUGAUGAUAUUUAUGAAGAUGAAAUGGAAGUUCAGUCAACAUCAAAUACAAGCAGUAAUGAACGUAAUCAUGCUCAUUUAUCAGAAUCAGAUACUGAUAAUGAGGAUCAGGAAGAGGAGGAGGAGGAGGAGGAUAAUAAUAAUCAUAAUAAUAAUAUGGAAGUCGAUGAUAAUAUAUGCAGUAUUUGCGGUGUGGACACUGAUUUAAUUUUAUGUACACAAUGUCGUCAAUACUAUCAUUGCCAAUGUCAUGAACCACCAUUGAGAUGUCCGCCGAGAUCAACAACAUGGAUAUGUAAUAAUUGUCGAAAUGGUCUUACCAAUGAAAAUAAUUAUUCAUCACGGCAAUCGAAAGUAAAAAAAACAGCAAAAAAAUCGAAAGAUAAAAAUCGAAUUCAAACACAAAAACAAAAUGGGACACGUAAAAGUACACGUAAAAAUUAUCGUGAAGCUGAUGAAGAAGAAGAAAGCGAUGAAGAAAAGACAAGAGCACAACGGCGUUCAAAACGAUUGCGACGGUCAAAUCCGUCGCCGAUAAAAACUAUAGACAAUAAUCAACAUACACGGCGACGAGCUCGUAUAGCGAAAUCUGUGACAUCAUCAUCGGAUGAAGAUCGAAUGACAAAUAAUCAUGAUGAAAAUACUGAUAUCGAACAAAAUGAAGAUGAAGAAGAAAAUGAAAAUAAUAGCAAUGAUUCUCCGUCCUCAGACUAG